GGAAAACAAGGAGAAGACGAAAUUAAAUCUGUUAUGCGUAUAAAUUAUGUUGUUGUUGUUCUCGUCAUCAACCAAAUUGCAGCAAUGCGUUCUUACAGAGGGAUUUCUGCAUCUAAUCUGAAGGGCUUGGUGUUGGCUCUGUCUUCCAGCUUGUUUAUAGGAUCUAGUUUCAUUAUUAAGAAAAAGGGUCUGAAGAAAGCUAGUGCCUCCGGCCUCAGAGCAGGUGCCGGUGGUUACUCUUACUUGUAUGAACCACUAUGGUGGAUUGGCAUGACAACAAUGGUUGUGGGGGAAGUUGCUAACUUUGCAGCCUAUGCAUUUGCACCCGCUAUUCUGGUCACCCCUCUCGGUGCUCUAAGUGUGAUUAUCAGUUCUGCUCUGGCUCAUGUGAUACUGGGGGAGAAGCUGCACAUGUUUGGAAUAGUUGGGUGUAUUCUGUGCGUUAUGGGCUCGACGAUAAUCGUUUUACAUGCUCCUCAAGAGCGCCACAUCGAUUCCGUCAUUGAAGUCUUUCAACUCGCGACAGAACCAGUGUCACUAUUCUACGUCGGAUUCGUAUUAGUAGCGGUAUAUAUACUGAUCGUGCAUAUAAUACCUCGUUAUGGGCAAACACAUGUGCUCGUCUACAUUGCUGUUUGUUCACUCGUUGGUUCACUAUCGGUUAUGAGUGUCAAAGCACUUGGAAUUGCUUUGAAGUUAACAUUUUUGGGAAUGAACCAAUUAGUCUACCCACAAACAUGGGCUUUCACUUUGGUUGUGAUGGCUUGUGUGAUCACUCAAAUGAAUUAUCUGAACAAGGCUCUCGACACAUUUAACACAGCUGUAGUAUCACCCAUAUACUAUGUCAUGUUUACAACAUUCACUAUUCUAGCAAGUGUCAUUAUGUUUAAGGAUUGGGAUCGACAAAACCCAAUACAAAUUGUUACAGAAAUGUGCGGAUUUGUGACGAUUCUCGCAGGGACGUUCCUACUUCACAAAACAAAAGACAUGGUUGAACCUAAUACAUCCUCCCCUCAACCAUUGCGGAUUAUUAGGCAUCCGGAAAGUCAUAAAGGUGAAUUCGAUCCUGAAGCAGCUCCUCUUCGAUCACAGAAUACCUUAUGAUGAUCAUCAGGAAAAUAGAUGCCCUACAUUUUUCUUUGUAUUGUAGUCUUUUAUUUGAUCUUUUGAGUAUAGACAUAAAUGUAUUUGGUUUGUCCCAAAUUGUUACUAGAAUGUAAGGAGAGUAGCUUAGCUAGGGCGUUCACAAGUGAACAACUGGUCUUUGUAGACAAAAAUUGUCAAUUAACAACGAGGAAACUGAAGAUUAUUUGAUGGGG